AUGUCCAAGAGGGUGAUUCAUAGGUUUUCCAAAGAAGAAGACAACAUGAUUAUCGACGAAGUUAAAAAACAUGAUGAUAAUAUCAAAUGGGCAAUUGACAUGCUUGUGAAUAAACUUAAGGAAAAUCACUCGAGGAGAGCAAUUCUUGAACGAUUCAAAAGUUUCCUAAGCCAAAGUAGAGGCGAAUGGACAACUGAAGAAGAUAAACGGAUUUUAGAGUAUCAUAAUAAGUUUGGCAAUAGGUGGUCUCUUAUUUCUAAAUACUUCAAGAAUAGGUCUGGUGAUCAAAUUAAGAUUCGUUACAAUCAAUUGACAAAGAAAAAUGAGUCAAGUACGGUAAUUGAAAACCAAAAUAUUGAGAAUAAUACUAUACCAAGCUGUGAUAAUAGUAUUUGGGAAGAACUAUUCGAAAUGGAAGAAGAACAGAUUGAAAAGAUGUUUGCAUGA